AUGCUGCCGAGACCACUUCUGACAGCUGCCACCAUGGUGGCAGCCCACGGGUAUCCGGCGUACCGCUGCUUCAAGGCCAUGCAGCGACGGCGAGUCGAUCUGCACGAGCUCCUCUUCUUCUGCCAGUUCUGGGUGCUACUAUCGCUGCUGGCGCUUCUCGAGGGCCUCGCCUCGCCGCUGCUGGACUGGGUACCGCUGUACCAGGAGGCCAAGCUUGCCUUCAUCGUCUACCUCUGGCACCCGCGCACACAGCUCCCCUGCGUCCCCCUCGUCAUGCCCUCAUUCCCCCCUUGCUCACUCUGUCCUCUCACCCUCCCUUUCCACCAUCGCGCGCAUUUUCAGGGAACGGAAAUUGUGUAUGGGUCGAUGCUGCAACCUCUGCUCUCCCGCUACGAGCCAAUCAUCGACCGCCACUUGGCACACCUGGAGGAUCGGGGGAGGGACAUGGCUGUGGAUUGCUGGCGUGCUGGCGUGGCCUACACUGGUGCUCGCUUCGAGGAGCUCAUUGCUUACCUGGCGUCCCUGUCAGCACAGGCUGCUGCGUCAGCAGCAAUGCGCGGGUUGGAGGGGAGUGAAAGGCGGGAGGAAAGGGAGAGGAGGGAGAGACAAGUUGAGGUUCUGAGGAGUGAGAAGGGGGAUGGAGCAGAGAGGAGGAAGGUGGGGGAUGAGCAGCAGGAGGAGGUGAGGGGAAGGAGGAAGUACCUGCAGAAGUACGGAGGGGAGGCAGUGCAGCUGAGGUCGGUAGCGGGUGACGGGGGAGUGCAGAGGCCGGGGUAUGAGAGACGGCUUCUGGGGGACGAGGCUGAGGGCGAUGGGCGGAGGGCAGAGGUGGAGGAGCAGAGGGUGCAGCAGGGGAGCGUGCAGAGGCAGGCAGUGCGGUACAGAAAUGUGGACUCGGAUUCGGAUGGGGACGGUGGGGAGAGCGAUGGGGCGAGUGGUGGGAGUGGAGCGAGCAGUGAGUUCGAGAUGGUGGACGCUGAGAGGGAGUUCAGCACGGGCUCAGCAGCAGAUGAGCGUGUAGCUGCUGGCACUGCUGCCAGUGCAGGCGGUGCUGGCAGUGGUGGGACAGGGCGAGGUGGGGGCAGUGGGUGGUGGGGGAGCAAGCAGCUGGCAGCAGGCCUUGCGGGUCUGGGCAGAGCGUUGAGCCCCUCCAACAGCCAGGCAAGGCAGGCAGCAGCACCACCACCUGCCAUGCUGCACGGCGCUCUGCCUCCGGCUGCACUGCUGCCAGCUGGGGUUGCAAGUGGGCUUGAUGACGUGGCACCAGACCAAGUGGAUGACGUGGCAGCAGCCACGGUGGUGGGGGAGGCUUCGCCUCAUCCGAGUGGGAUCAACCUGCGCCCGCGGCGGUCGCAGCGGCCGAAGAAGCAGUUCUAG